AAGCAAACACACAUAUACCAAACACGCUCUUACACCUUUUCCACGCACCCAUUGUCCCCCUCUCCCUCCAUCUUCACUCUCUCCAAAAGCAAAGCAAAUAAAAGAGUAGAGAGAAAGCAAGAAAGAGAGAGAGAGAGAGAGAGAGAGAGAGUUAAGAGUACUGGUGGGUCUUAAUACAGUACACUUUUAUUCCCAAUAUUAUUCUUCAUCCUAAUUCUUCUCCAUCUUCUUGUUUCUUCACAAUGACCUCUAGAUUAACCCAAAAUAACACCAAUGGCACACACCAUCAUCCUCAAUAUUACCCUCAACCUUCUUCUUUUUCUUCAUCUAAAGCUUCAUUUAAAGGCUGUUGUUGUUGCCUUUUCCUCCUUUUUUCUUUCUUACUUCUCCUUAUUGUCGCCGCUAUUCUAGUAAUAGUUCUUGCAGUGAAGCCCAAAAAACCACAGUUCGAUCUUCAACAAGUUGGUGUUCAAUAUGUUGGAAUUACCCGUAACCCAGCUGCCAUAGCCACGUCAUCCGCUUCUGUUUCGCUUAAUAUUCGAAUGGUUUUUACUGCUUUUAAUGAUAAUAAGGUUGGGAUUAAGUACGGUCAAUCGCGGUUUACUAUUAUGUACCGCGGGAUUCCUUUGGGUCGGGGCACCGUACCCGGGUUUUACCAACCAGCUCAUAGUGUUAAGCGGGUUGAAACUACUAUUGUUGUGGAUCGGGUUAACUUGCUCCAAGCUGACGCGGCAGAUUUGAUUCGUGACGCGGCAUUGAAUGAUCGGGUCGAGUUACGGGUAUUGGGUGAUGUCGGGGCGAAGAUUCGGAUCAUUGGGUUUACUUCACCCGGUGUGGAGGUAUCAGUGGAUUGUGCAAUAGUGAUCAGCCCAAGGAAACAGGCUCUCACAUACAAGCAAUGUGGAUUUGAUGGUCUAAGUGUAUGAUACAGUAACUGUUAAUUCACAAGUUUAACACACAUCCAUAUUGUUGGACUUGGUUAAAAGAAAGAAAAAGGCAAAUUGCAAAAGUAGCAUUUGGAAAGUUAUUUUAGGAAAAACGAAAACGAAAAGCAAGAUUCGAUUGAGCCAACUAAUUGUAGCGAAAAAAGCAUUUAUUUAUUAACUAGAUUUUCUUUCCUUUUUUUUUUUUUUUUUUUUUUUUUUUGGGAAAAGUUUUGUUCCGUGUUGUAAAGUUUUGGACUGAUCGUAUUUUCAAUAUUGUAAUGCACGCCUCAUUGUCA